AUGUCGGUCAAACAGUGCCACCACCACGGUGGAAAGAAACGUAAAAUAAUCAAGCGAAUACUCAUCGGAUUAGGCAUCCUUGCCAUCAUCGUCCUCCUCAUCUUCUUCAUAACAUGGGCAAUUCUUCAGCCCAAAAAACCCCGAUUUGUCCUCCAAGACGCCACCAUCUACGGCUUCAACGUCUCCGCCCCCAUCCUCCUCUCCUCUAACUUUCAGGUCACCGUCUCCUCCCGGAACCCCAACAGCAAAAUCGGCGUCUACUACGAUAAACUAGAAGUCUUCGCCACCUACCACAGCCAGCAAAUCACCUACUUCACCGUCAUCCAGCCCGUUUACCAAGGCCAUAAAGACACCAACAUCUGGUCACCCUUUGUUUACGGAACAAACGUUCCGGUGGCUCCGUACAACGGCGCCGCCUUGUCUCAAGAUCAGUCCAACGGCGCUAUUGGGCUCGUGAUCAAGAUAAACGGACGGGUAAGAUGGAAAGUUGGAAGCUUUAUCUCCGGCAGGUACCAUAUCCACGUCACUUGUCCGGCGUAUAUUCCGUUCGGGAAUAGGAACUCUGGGAUCGCCGGAGUUGUCACCGGAGUUAAGUACCAGCUAGCUCGGAAAUGCAGCGUUAGUGUCUGA